AUAAUGAAUCAAAUAUUAUUAGUAGUGAUGAAGCUGAUAUUCUAUCAUCUGGGAAUAGGAAACAAUGGCAGUACGCCCAUAUAAAAGAACUAGAUAAUUCAAAUACAGUAAAGUAUUUACCCCUGACAAACUGUGAUAGACUUUUAGAAAAAAUGCAUACUGCAAUUUAUUUGUCUCUCGAUGAAUUAUGGGAUAUUCCUGUACAAGUUUGUGCAGAAUUAUUAAUAUUAAAAGCAAAACUAGUUAGCCAAAAUUAUAGUGAUGCAGAAAGUGUGUCAAGUACUAUAGAGGAGGAUUGUGAUUCUUUUAGUGCUGAGUUAUGGGAAGGAUAUCAGGUUGAGGCACAUUCAGAAACUCUUUCAGAAGAUGUUCUUAUAGCAAAAAUCUGUGAUAUAUAUUGUGUUAGGAUUCAAUCUAAAACUAAACUUACUAAAAAUAUUUUCUUAAAAGUGAAAAUACUCCUUGUAAUUAGUUGUUUUUACACCAAUACUAGUCAAAAUGAUUUAAAAACUACUACUAGCCAGAAAAUUACUAUAUUCAAUUCUUCUUUUGGCUUUAGUAGAAGUGUAGCUGAGCUAGUAAUUGCUGAAAUAAUUAUACUGUUUAGAUAUUUAGGUGAUCGUAAUAUCGAGAUAUACCAGGAAUUCAAAAUAAAGCACCAGUGGAAUGCUAUGAAAUUCGUAGAAAAACUCUUG